AUGCUCGGAGCAAUAAUCUACUGUAAAUGUGAGACGGAGCUUGGUGUACCGCGUAGGACUGUAUGCCGGGCUCAAGAAGCCGAAAAAGGCGUGGGCAUGAAAGUAUUCCAUACAAUAAGCCACGCCAUGCCGAUUUGCUAUCGAUAUUCUAGGGAGGAACGAUACCCACCCUGCGGUCCAGUAGAAAAAUCACGCACCCGCAUAGAAGUCAUGAUUUGGCCAGGCCAGGCCAGGCCAGGGCACGGCCGGCACGGCAUGCAUCUGCAGACGCAGGAAGCAGCUCAGCGGUUCAUGCGUAGCCGGCUGCGAUCGAAAUUCCUCGCGCCCGAGGCAACAAAGUACAUAAAAGCACUUGCCUUGACAAAACUUCUGCAUGCGCGCGCGGAACACACCCUGCACGGACCAGCGCAGAGCACCUUGACCACCGACCACCGACCAGAUACUUCCCGUUCCUUUGGGUUUCUGCGGGACUGUCUCCACCAUUCCGGCUAG